UGCAAGGUGCGUAAAACUUUUGUAAUAGGGGGUAGAAAGUGAUUGUUCAGACUUACGCCAUGCAAGAUCCGUCUAGAGGAUAUGCGUUUGGAAUGGAUCCUUUAGCAGAUUACAACCCUUUUGCAAAUCCUUUUUCUAGCAAUGAAACAACUGCAUCUUUGGACCAAAAACCUCAGGGGUCUCCUGUUCCUUCCACUUCUGCCGUUUUACCUACACAAGAGAAACAGCAACCCCAAAAGCAGACAUUUGAAUCUAUAGCUGAUUUCGAGAAGCGGCAAGAAGAUCUCGAGCGUAAAGCUCAAGAACUGCAAAGGCGAGAAGAAGAAUUGCAAAAUAGCGUACUAUUCAACGCAAACAAGAAAGAAAAAAACUGGCCACCAUUGCCCAGUAAGUUCUGCGUCGAACCAUGCUUCUAUCAAGACAUUAGUGUCGAAAUCAACGUGGAAUUUCAGCCCAUCGUCAACAUGAUAUACUGGAUAUGGAUAGCUCAUGCUUGUUUAUACGUGAUCAACGUAGGAGGCUGCCUAGGUUUGUUUAUUCAAUUGGGCCAAGGAACAAUGUUUGGCUUGUCCAUUCUUUAUUGCUGCCUUUUCACGCCCGCAUCGUAUCUUGUCUGGUUCCGCCCCGCUUACAAGGCAUUCCGAUCAGACAGCUCGUUUAACUUCAUGGUGUUUUUCGUCUUUUUCUUCGCUCAAUUGGUUGCUACAGUUAUUCAAGCUGUGGGUCUUCCCAACUUGGGAACCUGCGGUUUCAUUGUUGCUUUGGCUGCAUUCGGUGAAGAAAACGAUUCCGGGAAUAUCGCUGUUGCAAUUAUAGCGUUGAUAAUCGCGUGCGGUUUUGCAUUGGUCGCUUUGGGCGAUUUUCUUCUUCUUGUGCGAGUUAGCCGCUUAUACCGUAACAGCGGAGCUUCCUUCGCUAAAGCUAGAAGUGAAUUCACUUCGGGAGUAAUGCGUAAUCCGCACGUCCGUCAAGCUACCAGUGAUGCAAUCAGCUCUGCCGUUCGAGUUCAGAUGGACAAUAUUGUGAACUAGAUAACGUGAUAAACAAAAAAGCCUUUAUCUAAGCUGGCCAGUCCAACACGACCCCGCUACUACAACGUUACGUAUACUGGCUCUUAAUUAUAUAUACAUUCAUGAUAUUUUCAGGUUAUCAAUAAAUACG